AUGCCAAGAACAAAACGACCUGUUAAACGGUCGGAGAAGACGGCCGAUGAUGACGAUGUUUUGAAGAAAUUAAAUAAAUUAGUAAUGGAUCAGAAAAAAAAAAUUGACUCCAGAGCUCAAAUGGAAAUAAGGAAUGUGGAGUUGGCAUUCAAGAUACUUCUGGGUUCUAUUAGCGAUACAUACUUACAGAAGACAGUUGGUGAGCUGAAAACAGAAUUGCAUCUUAAGGAGGUGGUAAAUACAACACGGAGGUCGACAACCCGUAACACCACCACCACCACCAGGUCCGCCUCGCAUGAUGAUGGCUACCUCACUGAGAACUCGUCCCAGGGCUCCGGAGGGCGCGGUGCCAAGACGAACCUAGGUCCGCCAAGUACAGCGAGUCGAAUGACCACACGUCGGUCACGAUCAGCUGACACUCGUGUAAUGAGUGCUGCUAAGACACAGCGGCGCCAGUCACGUUCGGUCUACCGCACGCCCGCUUACAACAAGAAUUCAACCCUCAAAUACCCAGUCAUCACGCCAAAGGUGACACCGCAAACUCCACUGACUGUGCUAAGGCAACCCCGUCAAGGUGAAAUGGUGCUGUCCAUGUCUGGAUCACCCGUCAUGGUACCUUCGUGUUACGCGAUGCAACCAGAUGAUAAGGCAAACUGCAACAUACUGCUCCAAGACGGCACCAUGCUGUCCCUCCAACCGAAGCAACUGCGUCAGUCCCAAGCUUUUAUCCCCUUCUCCCUCAUGGACCCCAGCACGUUGACCCAGCUCAAGACUCUAAAGGAGAACCUAGACAAAGUUGUUAAGCUCGGAGAAAAGAACAUUGUGAAGUGA